AUGGCUGGAAAGCCUGUCACCGGCCGUCCCAAGACGACUAUCGAGAUACCUCUCCCUUCGAUCAAGAAGUACACCCGUGGCUCGGGUCCACCACCGCCUCCUAUUACUCUCGCGCCGCCUCGAGACUCGACCGCAUACAUCAUCGACCAAUUUGUCCUGCCUGUGCUCAAGGACACAAAGCCAGACUCUCGACGUCGUGUUUUUUACCAUAUCGGAUUUACCGACAUCCCGGCUGCUAGGCUUCUAGUCCCUUGCAACGAAGCCCUCGACUACGUAUCUCCACGCGAGUUGGAGGAAUGGGAAUACGAUGCUCUUCAAAUUAAGGAAGCGGACAAGGCUGUGGAGGCUGAGCGGAAGCGCAAGAACCAGGGGCAAGCUCCCGCUAAGAAGAAACCCGGUCGCCCUCCAAAGGCCCGCUUGAACGACCCAGCGCUUGACGCACCCGCGGAGCCUGUCUUAUCGUUGCAAGAGGGGGACGUCCUAUUAGCCAAGCAGGAAGCUGUUGGCGGUCCCUCGUUAGCUACUCCACAGAAACGAAAGCGGGCCGAGAUCCCCAGGUUUGACGAUUCGGACGAAGCAGCCAUCCAGCUCCAACUACAGAACGAUGCCAGCGAGGUAGAGGAUAGCGGCACGGACCUGGAGGGCUACGAUUCGGCCGAUCCUCUGUCGGCCGACCUAGGUCCCAGGAUUCCAUCUUAUUCACGGGCUAGUAGUUCGGUGUCGUUCGCGCAACAGCCUGUGGCCGGCCCAUCCAAACCCACAACGGUAAACCUAGGUCUCUCGAGCAACCUUGCUUCGCGCCCGUCGUCGAGCGUCGCUUCCACCCCAGGAAGAAUUCACCCAAUGUUUGCGCGCAGCAUUGAGGCAGGAAGAACCUCGGUCAGUGGACAUGGCAGCCAAAAAGGGGCAGGCCAGAAUGGGGUAGGUCAUUCACUUGGCUUUGGAGGGAAGAAUACGGAGUCCAAUACACGAGCUUCUCCGUCUAGAGACAGCACACGUCAGUUCAAAGCGGUUCCUAAAACAGCUGUACUUCCUUUACCGCACCCAACACAAGUCAAGCCGAUUGCUUUCACGCCUCUUGCAGUACCCAUUGCAAUCUCUAAACCGAUAGUCACUUCUGACUCCCUAUCCAAGCAGAAUGAGUCUUCCAGCGCAAGGAAGCGUCGUAAAGACGAGCAGUCGAAACCGAACAAAAAGCAAAAGAAGCCUCAGAUCGAAGAGCCCACUGGGUCCUGGGUAGUUAAGGAACUACUCGACGACCAACGGGUAACCGAGCAUGGCCUCAAGGUUCACAAGUACCUAGUCCUCUGGGAAGGCGACUGGCCGCCCGACCAGAACCCGACAUGGGAACCUGAAGACAACAUCGAGGACCAGAGCCUCAUCAAGAAAUACCUGAAAAAGAAACAAGCCGGGGUCCUGAAGCCCCCCAAGAAAACACAACGGUCGAUGCUGUCGUAUCUCUCGCAGCCACAGUACUCUAGCGUUGCUGAGGCAUUCGAAGGCGAUAUCGACGAACUACAACCAGAAGCCGCAGUCGUGACACCGGAUAGUGACUUGGAUGACGGUGAUGAGCUUUUGGUGACGGAAGAGCCCGUCGCCAAGACACAGAAGAACGGGAAAGGGAAGACUAGCAGUUUCACCUCGUUCGACUCGAAGCUGGAGUAG